ACUUGUGAUGUGAAUCCAAACAAUCCAUUUUAAAUUUGGUUCUUUUUUUUAAAAUAGUUGAUUGUAAAAAACAAUAUCUUACUAUUAAUUUCAUUUUAACUUCACAGUAUAUGAAAUUUAUUGCCACUAAAUCCUAAGCAGUAAUAUACUGAACUUCACAGGUGAGUAUCAUCUGGAUCUCAUUGUAAGAUAUGGAGCUGUUCCAAUCAUUGUCCCAAGAGUGAGUGGAAUUCACACUCUCUUAGAUAGCUUUGAGCCAAUCCAUGGAGUUCUUCUUUGUGAAGGUGAGGACAUUGAUCCCUCUCAUUAUGAUGAUGCAGACCUGUGUGGACUUACACCUGAAGAGCUUGAGCAAAUUAGGCAACUUCACCCAAGUGAUGCCACCAUUGAUAAAGAGAAAGACUCCAUUGAGCUAAGACUUGCAAAGCUCUGCCUUGAAAGAAAUAUACCUUAUUUGGGUAUAUGCAGGGGAUCUCAAAUGCUUAAUGUUUCAUGUGGAGGCAAACUUUACCAAGAUAUAGAGAAAGAGCUAUUGCAGAAAAACCAUGAUGGGUUUCAAAGAGUAGUUCACAUGGACUAUGGAAACUAUGACGGACAUCGUCAUUUGAUAAAUGUAAUGGCAAACACGCCUUUGCAUGAUUGGUUUAAUGACUCUUUUGUGGAUGACAAAAUGGAGAUCAUGGUGAAUAGUUACCAUCAUCAAGGUGUUAAGAUACUGGCAGAGAGAUUUGUUCCAAUGGCAUUUUCUCCAGAUGGUUUGAUCGAAGGCUUUUAUGAUCCAAAUAAUUAUAAUCCUGAAGAUGGUAAGUUUAUUAUGGGACUUCAAUUUCAUCCGGAGAGAAUGAGGAACCAUGACAGUGAUGAAUUUGAUUAUCCGGGAUGUAGUAAGGCUUAUCAGGAAUUUGUGACGGCUGUAAUAGCUUAUGAGAAAAAACUUAGCAGCUCAAUGCUUGUCCCGAAGUCCCCAAAGCUAAAUGAGGAGCUGGAGCAAAAGAGAAAACUCAUUCUGAGAAGCUUUUCAAUGGCUAGAGACAUUUACAAGUCUGAUUCUCAUAUGGUGGCAAACCGAAAUCCUGAACUUGAAGCAGGAGCAGACUUUCUACAGGCAAAUACAGCAUUGAGUUUGCAGCAGGAGAAUAGGCUAAAGCAGGUUGGUGCAACAAUUAGAAACGGUGCAAGUUACUCACACAAGAUGAAAUUGAAUCAGAUGAGGGAGAAGGCUGCUAGGAAUAUGAUGUCAAAUAUGUCUGUGGAACAGUUAACGGAUUUGGUGUCUUUCUACGGAUUAAUGCAUCAGAUAUGUUCUGAGACAAUUGACAGAAAGAUGCAUGAACUAGUCGUAGAAGAAAGUUGAUUUCCUUGAUAGUAAAAUGGUAGAAUUAUAGGUGUGCAGAAAAUUUUGACAUAUGUGUUUGCUUUGUUUUUUUCUCCCUUUCAAAUUUGAAGGAAACAAUAUUAUACUUUUGUUUUAUUUCAUUUAGUGAAAUGCUGGUGUUUUUUUUUUUCUUUCUCUCCUGUCAUUUUCUUGAUGGAGGACCGGCAUUUCGCUUGAGAAUUAGAAAUAGACUUUCGGCCUAAUGCCUCUUUGU